CGCCUGGCCAUCCGCUACAUCGGCCACCUGUCGGCCGUGCUGGGCCUCAGCGAGGACGGCCUGCGGCGCCGGCGUCCGCGACGCUGCGACGAGACGCCCCCUCGGGGCUGCCCGCUCUGCCCCGACGGCGGUUCCGCGCAGGCGCAGACCCCGACGCCGACGCAGGCGCGCGGCCAGAUCUUGGGCUUCGCGGUCCCCGCGGCGGGGUCUUGGGGGUCCCCGCCUCCCUGUCUAGGAGUCCCAGCAGCGCCCGAAUGCUUGGGAAGCAGGGUCCCCGACGUGGGUCCUUGGGUCUCACCCCCUUACUGUUCCGGGACGCAGUCGCUUCCGCAAGUGUCCCCACGUAGGGCCCCCGAUGCGGCCCUUUGGACGCCGCCCGAAGCCGGUUCCGGAACGCAGACACCCGGAGUGCCCGGGACCCCGGCCACGCCCUGGGCGCCGCCCCCCGCCGCCCCGGAGCCCGCUGCAGCGUACCAGGGUAUCUGUGUGUCUCCGGAGUCCUAUCUGCUGCCAGAAACCCCACCCCUCCUGCCCGGCCCAGCAUGCCAGAGACUGCAGCCUCAGACCCAGUGGGGAUACUGGAGCCACAGUGCAGAGGUGCUCCCCAGCUCGGAGUACCAGGGACCAGGCCCCACCUUCCAUUUCAGUGAUGAAAGCCCUCUCCAGAGCUCAGGCCUGCAGCUCAGUGGCUGCCCUGAACUUUGGCAAGAAGACUUGGAGGGGGGCCACCUGAGCAUCUUCUACUAAUGGCCCUGCCUGGCCCUGUUCAGCUAGGAAUCAGGUCUGUAGUGUGGGCGCCCGCAUUUGCGAGGUCAGUGGUUUUCAGACUUUCCUUUAGUCCAGGAUCCCUUUUCCAAGUGACGCCUUUCGUGGAAGCAGUGUUUGGUGGCCUCCCUGGCUGGCGUGGGGGCUGGGGCAGUGCCCUCUGCUCCUAGGCACCCCCCAAAAUGACCAGUGCCCUGAAGAGCACAGCCAGAGCUGCAGAAACAUGGGGGCUGCUUGACCACCAACUUGGCAGGGCUGGGACUGACGGGGGGAUGUAUUGGGGGAGUGGGGUGGGCUGAGGGCAGACCCCUAUAUACUUUGUGUUUAAAGAAACACAACACAGCGCUAGCUGGUUUGGCUCAAUGCAUAGAGCGUCGGCCUGUGGACCAAAGGGUCCCGGGUUCGAUUCCAGUCAAGGGCACAUACCUCGGUUUCAGGCUCCUCUCUGGCUCUGGUCAGUGCACACGCAGGAGGCAACCAAUCUGUAUCUUUCU